AUGGCGAGCCAGAAGCGCAUCUCCAAGGAACUGAAUGAGCUCCUUGACUCACCCCCAACUGGCGUCACGGUCGCCUUAGCAGACGACUCGAACCUGUACAAAUGGAACGUCCAGAUGCAGGGCCCCGAGGGCUCACCAUACGAAGGCGGAACAUUCCAAAUAAACCUCUCCCUACCAACAGACUACCCUUUCAAACCACCAACCGUCUCCUUCGCUACGAAAAUCUACCAUCCAAACGUCUCCAACGAUGACAAGGGAACCAUGUGUCUGGGCAUGUUGAAGUCUGAUGAAUGGAAGCCGUCGUCGAAGUUAUAUGCCGUGCUGGAGUUUGCUAGACAGCUACUUGCGGAGCCGAUGCCGGAUGAUGCGGUAGAAGGGAGGAUUGCCGAGCAAUAUAGUAAUGAUCGGAAACAGUACGAGAAGAUCGCGAGGGAGUGGACAAGAAAGUGGGCUAGUGGGACUGUAGAGGAGGGAAAGUAG